AUGGAUUUGAUUGUGUUUUUCAUUUUUCUUCUUUACAUUUUUCCCCUUCCAUUCCUUUUUACUUUUUUCGUCAUUCAUUCUUUCUUUAUUUUACGUUUUCCUCUCUUCUUUCAUUCCUUCUUUUGUCACGUCUUCGUCAAACUUCACUCCGUUCAAAUUGACGAUCAUACUAUUCCAACAUCCCAAUUAGAACUGGGGAGAUUGUGGCUUGUACGUCUCUCAUUCUUUCUUUAUUCCUCUUUUUUCUUUCUUUGCUUGUUGGCCUUUAUUAUGCCUUCUUUCUUUUAUGUUUUACGUUUUCUUUAUUUCUUUUAUUCUUUAAUCAUUCAUUCUUUCUUUUUUUAUUCUAUGAUUUCUUUCUUUCCUCUCUUGUUUUCUUUCUGUCAAAUAUUCCAUAAGAUUUCGUUUUUAUUUCCCGCUUUCUUCAUACUUUAUUCUUUCUUUCUCUCUGCUUAA